AUGGGAAAGGAGAAAACUCAUAUUAACUUGGUGGUUAUUGGCCAUGUCGAUAGUGGCAAGUCGACAACAACUGGUCACAUUAUUUACAAAUUAGGAGGAAUUGAUAGGAGAACCAUUGAAAAGUUUGAAAAGGAAUCAGCUGAAAUGGGUAAAGGUAGUUUUAAGUACGCAUGGGUUUUGGAUAAACUUAAGGCAGAAAGAGAAAGAGGUAUCACUAUUGAUAUUGCCUUAUGGAAAUUUGAAACCCCAAGAUACUUCUUCACAGUUAUUGAUGCACCAGGUCAUAAAGAUUUUAUAAAAAAUAUGAUUACGGGUACAUCACAAGCUGAUGUAGCCUUGUUGGUUGUACCAGCAGAAGUUGGUGGUUUUGAAGGUGCGUUCUCAAAGGAAGGUCAAACGAAGGAACAUGCCUUACUAGCCUUUACCUUAGGAGUUAAACAAAUUGUUGUUGGUGUUAAUAAGAUGGACACAGUUAAGUACUCAGAAGAUAGAUAUGAAGAAAUUAAAAAGGAAGUUAGAGAUUACUUGAAGAAGGUUGGGUACCAAGCUGAUAAGGUUGAUUUUAUACCCAUAUCCGGUUUUGAAGGAGAUAACCUCAUUGAGAAAUCUGACAAAACCCCAUGGUAUAAGGGAAGAACGCUGAUUGAAGCUUUGGAUACUAUGGAACCUCCCAAGAGGCCAUAUGACAAGCCAUUAAGAAUACCUCUUCAAGGUGUGUACAAAAUUGGAGGUAUCGGUACUGUCCCAGUAGGAAGAGUUGAAACAGGUAUUUUGAAAGCAGGUAUGGUUUUGAAUUUUGCACCAUCAGCUGUUGUUUCUGAAUGUAAAUCUGUUGAAAUGCACAAGGAAGUGUUGGAAGAAGCCAGACCAGGUGACAAUAUCGGUUUCAAUGUGAAGAACGUUUCAGUGAAGGAAAUUAAAAGAGGAUAUGUUGCAUCAGAUACAAAGAAUGAGCCAGCAAAAGGAUGUUCCAAAUUUACAGCACAGGUUAUUAUACUGAACCACCCAGGUGAAAUCAAAAACGGAUACAGUCCUGUUUUAGAUUGUCACACUGCUCACAUAUCUUGCAAAUUUUUAAAUAUCGAUUCGAAAAUUGAUAAACGUUCCGGAAAGGUUGUUGAAGAAAAUCCCAAAUCUAUCAAAUCUGGAGAUUCUGCCUUAGUUAGCUUAGAACCAAAGAAGCCUAUGGUUGUUGAAACAUUUACAGAAUAUCCACCUUUGGGAAGAUUUGCUAUUAGAGAUAUGAGACAAACAAUUGCUGUUGGUAUUAUCAAAGCAGUAGAGAAGAAAGAACCUGGAGCUGUAUCUGCUAAAAACCCAGCAAAGAAAUAA